AUGGCGACGACACUGCCACAUAGACUUUCAGGCUCAGGAAGCCCAUAUCCAAGCAUCUCGAGGAACUCAAGAAACUCUCUCGCUCUUUCCGAGUCCAGCGAUCUUUUGCGCACCCCUCCUUCCGACCCACACGCGUCAGGCUCAAGAGGAACUUACGCGCCAGUCAACGAAUCCGACGCCACUGAGAUGAGGGAACGCGGCGACGAGGUCUAUCAGCAAUUCCUGUUUUGGGGAGCCAUCAUCCUCGGAGGACUGCUCGUUAUCGCCGGCGUUGUCAUCGCCGUCGUCCUUACUAGGCACAAAUCCAGUCAUAACAAUGCGAUCGGCGGGACCAACAGUUCCGACCCGAGCAAAUUCACAACAGACCCAAACCUCCACAACUCGUUCUACGGCAUCGCUUAUACACCUACGGGUGCUAUCCUUCCCUCUUGCGGAGCUACGCGAGAGGCUGUCAUCAAUGAUAUACAGAUCCUGUCCCAAAUGACCACGCGGAUACGAACGUAUGGGGCAGACUGCAAUGUGACUUAUCUCAUACUGGACGCCAUCAAAGAGACCAAAGUAAAUGUCUCGGUCUAUCUUGGGAUCUACAUCGACACUAGCGAUGAUUCCGUUUACCAGCGCCAGAAGAAUGCGACGCAGUCCGCUUUGCAAACCUUCGGCGGCGAUAAAGUCCUAGGUUUAACCGUUGGCAAUGAGGUCAUCCUAAAUGCGUGUACUCAGGCGGGGCAGACCAAUCCCAAUGAUACCGCGGGCAUCCAAGCUGCAGAACUUCUCAAAACCAAAGUCACCGACAUCAAGUCCAUGCUUUCGGGCAUAUCCCUUAGCAAGAUCCCUGUCGGGACUGCGGAUGCAGGCAGUUACUUCAAUACCGAUAUAUUGGGUGCUGUUGAUUACGCCAUGGCGAAUAUUCACCCAUGGUUUGCAAGCAUUGGUCCUCUGCAGGGUGCUACCUGGACUUGGCAGUUCUUACAGGACAACGAUAUUUCUCUGGCUAAGGGCGUCUCGAACACUCCAGAAUUUUACAUUGCAGAAACGGGAUGGCCGACGAACUCCUCGACUGUCGCAGGGCAGACGAACGGCGCCGGUGUGCAAGCGAGUGUAGGCAAUCUACAGAUAUUCAUAGAUAAUUUUGUGUGCCAAGCGAAUCAGAACAACACUGGGUACUUCUUCUUCGAGUUCAUGGACGAACCGUGGAAACUUGUGCAGUACCCUGGUGUCGAGGGAUAUUGGGGCCUCUUCGAUAGCAACAAAAAGUUGAAGAAUAUUACGAUUCCUAAUUGCUCUCACAGCUGAGCGGCAUCCACCCCUUUUUCUCGCUUUCCUUCCUUUAUACAUGAUCAUUCACUUUCAAAUGCUUUCGUACACCAUUUUCAUAUUCCCCCUACCCUGCACAUGGACCUUCUUUCGCUUAAAACCACAGGACGGACCGAUGGAAUACACUGUUAUUAUUUGUAUAUGCAUUCGAAUUCUUGCGCCAUACGACAAGCCAUAAACUGGCCUCCCCUCCGGAGGUGCGAUGCACCUUUCGCCACCCGAACCUUUGGGAGACGGGGCACGAAGUAAAUUGAACACCAGUGGAGGUGUAUGAUAACAACAAAAUUGACU